AGACAAAUGUCAUUUACGUCACGUCACCGUGACAACGUCAACACGUAUGUUGACGCGUCAUUGGUCUGUUUACAUUUGAGAACUAACUAAAACAAAAUAAAAUAGCUUUUCGUAGAAGAAAUAGCACAUAUCAACUAGAAAUGGACGAGAGCAAUAUUCCCAUAGACAUUAAUAUCGGAAAGCUGCAAGACUGGUUGGUGAGCAGGCGACAUGUGAAUAAGGAAUGGCAAAAGAACAUAAUAGCAGUUAGGGAAAAAAUUAACAAUGCUAUCCAGGACAUGCCUGUUCACAAUGGCAUCGCAUCUUUGCUCUCAGGCAGCUACAUUAACUAUUUCCACUGCCAAAAGAUAAUAGAAAUAUUGAAAGAGACAGAAGCGGAUACAAAGAAUCUCUUCGGUAGAUACGGGUCUCAACGGAUGAAGGACUGGCAGGAUGUUGUGAAGAGUUAUGAAAAAGAAAAUUUAUACUUGGCUGAAGCUUCUCAGAUGUUGGUCCGUAACAUUAGCUAUGAGAUUCCUGGACUAAAGAAGCAGAUUGCUAAAGCGGAACAGAUGCAAGUUGAAUGUGAAAAGAAACAUGCAGAAUAUUUGAAGAAUGAGGCUUCAAGCAAGUCUGAGUUCCUGGCGCUUUGCAAGCAGCUCGGCAUUCAGGGGAACAAGAUCAAAAGGGAAUUAGUGGACAGACUGUCAGAAUUACCAGAAAUAUAUAAUAAGAUUGGCAAAUCUCUGAAACCGCUUCUACCUGCCGUAGAGUUAUACAAAGCUUUCACAAAAUACAUCCUCGGGGACCGGGCCACAGAGGUGUUGCCGUUGCUACAAUAUGUCAUUGAGUACGGCAACACUACAGUGUACGAGUGGAGCUACGGAGAGCCCCCGUUGAGUGUAGAGCCUGACCCGAUUCACAUUGAGUUUGACGAUGCGGAUCAGGGAGGUGACGGAGAUCAAAUAGAUUUUGGGGACAGUGGUCAGAUAGACUUUGGUGCCAUCGACACUGGCGCAAUAGAUUUCGGUGACGGAGACGGGGCGGAGAUCGACUGGGGGAACGUCGGCGAAGCGCCAGUUGAGAAUGUGGAUCUCUCCGCGAACAUAGCGGAGAUAUCCUUGGAGGAGUCGGGGAUAGUGGUGGAGGAGCAGGGGGUGCAGGGCGGGGUGGCGCGGGGCAAGGACGCCCUCUCGCUGCUGGACAACCCCGCCACCCGCAACCAGCUCGUCGACCAGAUGCUUGAGCUGGAGUCGUUCCUUAAAAUGCGCUUAUACGAGACGAACACGAAUGAACAGAGUUUCUCCCUCAUCGAGAAUCUGCCGACGGAGAGCAACGCGGCUUUGACCGGCAUGUUGGAUGCUGUUCAAGUUGCCGCCAGCAGGAUCCUCGCGCCAGAGGUCAACCACCUCCACAACGUCAAGCAUUCACCCAGAUACGUAGACGUGCUAACAGCACAGCUGAAACAGAAGCUGGCUCUCAGCGACAAGCUGUCCAAACUGGCGGCCCGCUCGGCCGAACAGAGGGCGCAAUGCAACGACAGGGUUUCUCAACUGCGGCCCGCACUCACACGACUGAUUGAGAGGACCAAUGAGUUACAGGCGCAGAUCGAAGCUGACGUCUCCAAGAAGUACAAGGGAAGGCCUGUGAACAUCAUCGGCGGUGUUAAGUUUUUGUAAAGUAGUGAUUUGGUACCUAUUUGUAUAUAAGAAUAUAUAUUUUGUUGACGCAAUGAAUAUAAUUAUGUUUAAUAA